ACCGAAAUGCAACCGGAGUCAGUGCAGCUAUGCCGGUCGAAGACAAUCUCGCAGGAGAUUGAGGAAGUUUACAGUGCAGGAAUUUUGAAAAAAUCGACGAAAAAAAUCACCUCGAGUAUUGGAUGAUGCAGGACGGUUGAAAGGAGUCGUGGUAAUAAGGUUACGGUGUGUGUACCAGUGAAAGUGUCGAAAAGGCAGGAAUUUUACAAAGUUUCUAGCAUAUUAAGGAUUACAUGCCAUAAUGAAAAUGUACUAUAGACUAUUCGCCUGCCUCCUCGCUCUAGCAGCACUGAGCUCGGCGGUCGACCAAAAACAAUCCCACCAACGCCGGGAAGUCGAAAACAACCUCCGAAUGGUAAACCUCGACCCGAACGACACCGAACAGCUCCGAAUCGAAUCCAGCGGCGGCGGCAAAAAAUCUGGAAAACCGGCCAAAGACGACAAACCGAAAACCCUCUCCCAACAAAUAGCUGAUGGAAAAUACGGUCUCAUCCAAAAGGAGCUCUUCUCCAAUAAACCUCAGAAACGUCCCGGAAUCCUCAGUUACGAGGACAACCCUGAAGUGCCCAACGACAACAUCGACAAUCUCGGCGGUCUGGACAAGAACGAAAUUUGGCUGGCCGAGAACCACCUCCUGGUGCUGAGGGGCGGUAAGUUUCCGCCCUACGACGACAAGAAAAUCAACGCAGAGUCCCCCUGGCCGACGCUCGACGACUACAAGGCGCCCCUGCACCAGGUCAAGAUCCCGAAGCACCCGAAAGUGCCGCCGCCCUUUCCCGUCCAGCUCACCGAAGACGGGCCACUCCAGAUCCUGGGUACAAACUUUUCGAGAACGCUUAAUGAAACAGAACAAUCGAAAGCUUUCGCCGUACCGCCCCCCGAAGGUUACGACCCGUCAUCGUUCUACCCUUACGAUACCAAUUCGUCCGACCCUUCUCCCUGGUCCGCUCCGGUGCAAGUACCUUUCAACCCUUCGGGGGAGUACGCACCGGGGGAGCCAUUGUUCCCCCCACAGCUUUUGAACGGCACCUUGCCGCCUUCUUUAGGCUAUUUGCCUCCAGGGGCGGUGGUGUUGCCGCCCCCAGGAAACCAGACCGACGAGUUGUACGACUACGACGACCCCUCGAUAUACUAUCCGCCGCCCUACAGUUUCUACUACCCCAAGGAUAAUUCAUCGGCGGUGCCGGCAGGACCAUUAGUGCCUGGGAUCGUUCUGCCGCCGCCUCCGAAUUUUUUCGCCGCCCUAGAAGAAACUACCACUACGGAACCUGUUACUAAGGCCAGGAAGCCAUCGAGGACCAGGAAACCCACGAUUACCACUCCGUUGCCGACAACGAUGAUGACGACGAAAACGACGACUACCACAACAGAAGGUACUACCCGGAAACCCAUCAGAAUAUACCCAACGUCGAACUACUACAACAACGAGAUCAAACCCACCGUGACCACGACUACGGAACCACCUAGCCCCAUGAUGGUACUACCUCCGCGUCCAGACAACAGAUACUUGCCGGUACCUAGAAAACCGACAGUCACCAAACUGCGUCCAGUGAAUCCCCCCAAACAGUAUUCCAACAAACCCUUCCAGCAGUAUAAACCAACAGUUCCUAGCAGAGCGCCUUUCGUAACCACCACGCAGGUACCUCUCAAGUACUAUACCACAUCAAACGACAUACGAACCAAUUCCGUAACGCAAGAAUCCGGAGAGUACACCGGUACUCGUGACGGCAAGUCCGCGAAACAGCGCCCUACCCCGACGCAGUACUUCUACUACGAAGAAACUGAAAAACCAACGACGAGGCGCCCCGCUAGACCUAUUUACGUGGACACCACCGAGGAGUACUACUUGCGGCCGAAACCGGUACCGACGGUACGUCAGCGAAGGCCUCAGUACGUCUACGUCACAGCCAGGCCAUACAACACGCAAAAGCCGCGGUUCAGGUUCAUCCAACAGCCGGUAAAGCAGCCGGACACGUUCAACAUCCACAUCGCCAAGCUGCAGAACCAGAUACGGUACUACAGCACGCAGAAGACGACGCUCAGACCAUCGCCGAAGCCGGUGUACCAGUUCAGCUUCCAAUCGCAGAACUACCAAGCGCCUAGGCAGAACGUUUUCAAGCCUGCCCCGCAGGAUGAUUUCGGACCCGGCGUGCCUAAAUACAGCGUCGAAAUCCAGCAGGCCAUAGAGAUAACACCUACCCAGCGACCUGCUUACGAAGAUCGGCGACCGAUCUUUUACGAGCACGAGUAUCGGCCAACGACGGAACCUCCCAGGAAUUACUACACGACCUCCAGGCCGGAGGUGAACUACGAAACUGUAACCCAACAAGCCAAAUAUGUAGGUACCCCUAGGCCGGUCAGUCCAUUCCACUUUGAGGUUACACCUAACCCGAUCUUCCGGGGAUUUUACACGAAACCGGACGAGGGGUACGUCGACGAUAGAACAAAGACCUACUUCACGAUGUUCGGCAGAAAAUUGCCGUCUACGACACCUAUACCGAGCGAAGAGUACCAGCAGUACCGGCAGAAACCGAUAUCGCUGGAAGGAGACACUUUGGUGAACUACCUCAAUCCCCGGCCCACAAUAAACCCGGACGCGGAGAUCAUAUCCAUAGACAACGCACCGCCUAGGUACCCUAACGUGGUAAGAUACCCGGCUAGGCAGCAGGAUAAUUCGCCAAAUCCUGAGAUUAUAAAAGCCAUACCGGUCGAGGUGGAAUCGACUAAAUCAGAAGAUGGUUCUUUCAUAUCGUAUCAGCUGCCUGGCGAUAAUGGAGCGCACUUCUACUUUCUCACGCCACAGUUGGCCCAGAGCAGAGAUCAAGGGGCUGGUUUCUACUAUUCCUCUAGACCUCAGAGAUCCAGGAUACGCAGGAACGAAAAAACUAUUGAUAAGGAAAGAUGAAUUUGACGACAAUGAUGAGAGUUGUACUCUGCAGGAACGUUCAUUACUAAUUAUCGACUUGCUAUUGCCUAUUUUGAUUGGUCUGUGAUCAUGUGAUUCAGUGAUAAAGAUUGCAGGUUUUUUUUCGGCGAAUAACGAACUAUAUUUAGUGCGCCUUCAUUUUUCUGUACCUGCAGUCCUCUGUGAAAUGCUGACUGUUAGAAAGAAGUUGUGAGGAAGAGUUUGAAAUUAUUUAAUAUUUUAUUGAUGUUAGGUUAUCUUUGUUUGCAUUUUGAACAGAGUUGGAUAGAAUUGGGAAAUGAAAUCAUUUCAAGUUAAUUCACAAUUGAUUUGCAUUGUCUACAGUUCAUUUAGAAAAAUCAGUUGAGACACUUCACAACGAAAAAUUCAAGUAGAAAUGCUUCAUAUUAAGUUUGAUUGAUCAUUUCCAUAUGGAUAAAUAGUUUAGAAACCUAGCCCCGUUUAUUUUAUUCUACUUCUUUUUAGCUUAAGGAAACGUAUUUGUCCCUUUUUAAUCCAAAUAAAAAAUAGAAAUACUAAUUAUAGUAUCCCAAGAAAAACUAACCAAAGUAACUAUUGAAGCCUGAUUUUUGGGAUAUCUUCAAUACUAUACUUUCUCCAGUGAAAUUUCUUCAAGAAGCUGAGCUAAGAAUCCUUAUAAGUGCAAAAACUUAAACUGAUAAUUUUACUUACAAAAAUUGACAAUGCAUACUCCGUGUUUGAUAGAAGACGACAAAAUACUCGACAAAGAAUGUCAUUACAAUGUUACAAAGUUUCGAAGUGAUCUAAAAAUUACCUUUUUUUAUUGUGAAGAAGUAAUUUAUUUUUUACGGUGACUUUUCAGGAUGAAAAUUUGUGUUCUUGAUACAAAAGACACUCAAUAUCAACAAAUAUGAAUUAAUUGUGAAUUAAAAGAGAGGAACUGACAAGUUUCAAUUCUUUUUUUACGAAAACCAUCACUCGUUAUUUCAAUUAGCAAAUACGCUAAAUUUGUCCAACUCUGCUCAUGAAAUUUGUCCAAGUUUAUUGCUUUGAUAUAUGUAUAUGAAAAUGUAUAUAUAGUAUAAAUGAUACAACUCACUGAUCAAUUUUUUAACUCGGAAAAACUUAUGGAAGUCUAUUUUUGUUGAAAUGAAAAUGACUACAUUCCGAUGUAAUUUUCAACACUGACGUAUCUUCUGAAACAAGUUACAAAAUAGAUGUCAAUGAUGUA